CAUUGAUUUGUUAAAAAUUGUUCUUUGAAGUGAUUGUCCUUUACAGAUUUAUCCUUAAUCCAAGCCCAACACAAUGGAAAAUUUUGAAAAUGUGAAAUUUGAUGCAAGUCAGUAUGAUUUUUUUGGGGGAAAUGUGAUGGAAUUUGAAAUAGAAGGAUCUGAGAAAGCAGCUGAUGAUGAACAAUUUCAGUUAUCUGAAAAACCAGAGUUGAAAAAGGAAAGCAAACCAAAAGCUUCCACUAAGAAAAUUUCCAAUCCCAAAUAUUCACUAAGCAGAAGAGUAAUAGGAACUGUAAAAUGGUAUAGUUACCAUAAAAAGUAUGGAUUUAUAAUACCAAAUGGAGGUGGAGAAGAUGUAUACAUGAAUUUUUCAGAUCUAAAAUAUUAUGGAAGCUGCUUACCCCCUUUGCCUGGCACACAUGUGGAGUACGAACCUAUAACUAAUUUUGAUGGAAGAAAACAAGCAAUUAAUAUCAUGAAAGUUGAGCUUCCAUCACAAGUGAUAAGCUUUAAUAAUGCUAAAAAUGUAAUGAAUUAUUGUGCGGUUGCUAAAUGUGGUGCAUUGGAUAGAACUCAAUCGACCAAUUAUACAAUGUGGAAGGCUAAUAGUUUUGUUGAAUGUGGAGGUGGAUGGCCUGGUUUUGCUUGGUGUUGUUAUUGUGGUAAAAUUGGCUAUUUUCAUCAUAUGUGAUAUCAACUCAC